AUGGCAUAUACAGAAAAUCAACAUGCCAUAUGGAUAGCUAACAUCCUAAAAAUGUACAAAUUAGUGUUACGAUAUCAAGAAAGUGGAGCUAACUUGAGCGACCAAACUGGCAAACUAAGGGAACACACCAGGAUAAUGAAUUCUCACCAUGUGUUGGGCGCACAUACUAGAGUUUGGCGGUUCACGAGUGUUCUGUGUGGAGAUGACGCUCCCCUUUCGAGGAACCUACUGACGGCUAAAUACGGUAAAGAGAUUAUUCACAGGAGGAAAACUCAUACAGAUCUGAGAUUUUACCUGCGAGAUACGUGGCUUACUCGAGGUAUCCGCAGCAGUGCUCUCGGCGAAGGAGGAAGCCACGGGAUUUUCUCCUCUCGACAAAUUAAAGCUCUAUGUCUUGCUGUGUGGGAACCAAAGGAUGACAUGGACGACUUCAGCCUCCACGUGCAGCGCUAUCGGCCGGAGGAACUGGAUAAGCUCGCCAAAACGACCAAAUUCUCCAGGAAGGAAAUCCAACUCAUCUACAGAGGGUUCAAGCAGGAGUGUCCGACGGGCCUCAUCGACGAGGAAGGCUUCAAGGGCAUCUUCUCGCAGUUCUUCCCCCUCGGAGAUGCCACCCAUUACGCUCACUAUGUCUUCAAUACGUUUACGCAAAAUAAUCAAGGGCAAAUCAGUUUCGAGGACUUCCUGGCGGCACUGUCGACGGUGUCCCGCGGGUCGACGCAGGAGAAGCUGCAGUGGAUCUUCGGCCUCUACGACGUGAACAACGACGGCCUCAUCACCAAAACCGAGAUGGUGGACGUCGUCACCGCCAUCUACGAGAUGAUGGGCCGCUCCACCGAGCCGCAGGUGGAGGAGACGUCCGCCAAGGAGCAUGUGGAGAAAAUAUUUCAUCUGAUCGACACGAACCAAGACGGCGCCAUCACCAUCGAGGAGCUGGCCGAAUGGGUGUCCCGCGACGACACCAUCAUUCAGAGCCUCAGCAUGAUGGACACCGUACUCUACACUCAUCGAGAUCGCGGUGCUGACGGCGCCCCUCCGCCCACACGCCCGUCGCUCAGCCAGCCCUGAGCCCACGGGCGUCAAUGCUCGUUAGGUUAUAUGUAAUUGUUUGUGGAAAACGGAGAAAAGAUAAAAAGGAAAA